GAGUGUUACUGUGUUAUUUAUGUUCAGUGGGUUACAUUUCAAUUAAUGCAAUAUAGUUUGUUGUAAUUUUGAUGUUUUAAUUAUACAUUUUUAAAAUAAUACUUUUGUUGUGUUUGCAUCACAUUAUUUUACUUCUAAUUUAAUGUAUUCUAUUGUGGUUCUAGUUAGUACAGUAUAGACUAGGUUUAUUAAUUUUUCAACAAAAUGGGAAAUUAUCAUAAACUACCUGAUGUCCAAGAAGUAGAGGAGCAGGAAGAAGAAGAAAAUUCUACUAUAUGUUCUGCAAAAUCUACAAGACAUCAAAGAAAAGAUCAUGAUAAAAUUCCACUACAAUACACCAACAGAAGAAGAGUUGAGAGGGUAUCAGCUGAUAGUAGUAAGAGCAAUGAGGAGAGAAAAAAAGAAAAUGAGCAAGAAUUCGAGAAUAUACGUUCACAAAUUGAAGAUUAUUCAAUCUCUAAAGGGCAUUCGUCACAGAGGUCAAACAAUAGGAAAUCGUGUUCAGCUUCCAACAGUGCCUCCUCAUCAGGCAGCUCUCAUCCUGAGGUAGAAGCAUUCCAGAAGUAUUUGAACGAACAUGGGGGCCACUAUGGUGGUUGGAAGGUGAAGGAUCAUUUGUUUUUUCUGAAAAUGAAGAAAAAGUAUCCCUUAAACAAAACAGCAGAAACUGUCAACGAACACUUCCCAGAUAUCAGUAUUGAAAUGGUAUUGGCACAUGAUGUUUGGUAUAACGAGUACUCAAGGUUGAGAAUCGCUAAUAAGAGGGCUGUGGAAGAAUGGAAAAAAUCACAACAAAGUUUUAGUAAAGUUGAGGAGAAGCCAAAACCGGAACCUAUAUCACAAACUGUUCCGAUUAAACGAGAUCCAAGGCUGAAAGAGAAGAUUGAGAUUUGGAAAGCUCAUACCCUUGCUGCCAAGUUAAAAAGAAUGGAAGAGCACCAGGAAAAAGAAUUAAGAAAAAAGAGAGAAGAAGAAGAAAAGAAAAAACUUCAAGAACAGAAGAGGGCACUGGUGGACCGUUAUCGGCAGGAAAAACUGAGCGAAGAGAUGGCGAUGAAGACAGCUGAAGAAACAGAGAGGCUCCAAGCGAAGCAGGAGUCAAUGCAACAGGCAGCUACGCUACUCAAAUACUUCAG